AUGGGUGUACCCCGGCUGUUCAAGCUGCUGGUGGAGCGGUACCCAGCCAUUCUGCGUGGGACGGAGGAGCAUCCCAUGCCGGAGUUUGACAAUUUCUAUCUCGAUUUUAACGGCAUUGUGCACAACUGCACUCAUGGCAACGAGGGCGAUGUGCGCAAGUCGUCUCAAGUCACUCAGGACAUGAUGAUGGCAAUUUUUCACGAGAUCCAGACGCUCUUCGACAUUAUCCGUCCCCAGCGUCUCCUCUACAUUGCCAUCGAUGGCGUUGCACCGCGCGCCAAGAUGCAACAGCAACGCCAGCGCCGGUUCAAAGCUACUCGGGACAGCGAGGCCGCCCAGCAAAUCACGGCCGUCGUGGCCCCACCCAUGCCCGAGGAACAUUUUGACAGCAAUUGCAUCACCCCGGGCACGGAAUUUAUGGACCUUCUCCAGCGCCACCUCGUUUAUUUCAUCCAGCGCAAGCUGGAAGAGGAUGACGAUUGGCGCAAGGUCGAGGUGGUGUUGAGCGGUCACCAGGUUCCCGGCGAGGGCGAGCAUAAGAUUAUGGACUUUAUUCGUUCACUCAAGUCGCAGCCAGCUUAUGACCCAAAUACUCGGCAUUGCCUUCAUGGCUUGGAUGCCGAUCUGAUCAUGCUGGCCCUGGCCACGCACGAACCCCACUUUGCCAUUUUGCGCGAAAAUACUGUUCGCCGCUCUUUCAACAGUAAAAACGUGAGUUGCAUGUUCAUGGACUCACAAGCACGAGGCACUCGCCCUCUCACAUGCAGGUUACACAACGCAGGUCCUGAACGAUCAAGACCUGAGGGAGAGCAGCUUUCAGCAAACCGACGAGCGGCAGCUUUUGCAUGUGGGCCUUCUUCGCGAAUAUAUUGA